AAACUGCCAGAUGCUAAAGGUGAAGAUAGUUGGAAAGUGUAUUUUGAUGAUGUUGGUCAGGAAAUAGUUGAAGAAUUUGCUAUGCGCUAUGGGAUCGAGAGUAUCUAUCAGGCCAUGACACAUUUCGCGUGCCUUUGUACAAAAUAUAUGUGUGUCGGAGUGCCAGCCGUACUUUCGACGUUACUUGCCAAUAUUAAUGCGUAA